AUGUUAACUGGAUUUAUUGAAUCGGCUCAUGUAAAUAGCGUGCAAUUUGAGCAACAGAUACGUUCCUUUGACACUUUGGGUUAUGCCCGUGAUCCAUCAGCCGAGGGUAACAAUUGCUUCAUUGGAGAUUUGUAUAAAGCAAAAAAAAAGCAAGGAGCUGGACUUUUUGAGGGAGAAAAAACUGGUGGUGAAAAAAGAAAAAGACUUCGCAAUAUGGAUUCAAGUGAUGUGAACAAUUAUACCGGUCCUUGGGCCAAAUUUGAGGAUGAAAUAACAAUAUCGCGACCUGAUCCUGAAUUGGCGAAAGAAUUAGAAGAAAUCGUUAAAAAACGCCAAAAAAAUAGCCGUGCUGGUCGUAAAGCUGCUGAACAGCAACAGCAGAAUAUUUUUGAUGAAAGUUCCACACUGCAUUUAAAACAAGAGCAAGAUUAUUUGGGGCGAUCAUUCAUGCAUGCUCCUCAAUAUAUUGGCGUUAAUUUACGUGAGGAUCAUAUCCCAGAAAGAUGCUAUAUACCCAAGAAACAUAUUUAUACAUAUCGAGGGCAUACUAAAGGACUAAAUUGCUUGAAAUGGUUCCCAAAGAGUGCACAUCUGUUUCUCAGUGCUUCAAUGGAUACUAAGAUCAAGCUAUGGGAAGUGUAUGGCAAUAAAAGUAUGGUUCGCACAUAUAAUGGUCAUAAAAUGUCUGUGAAAGAUAUCGAUUUCAAUAACGAUGGCACUGAAUUUCUUUCUGCUUCUUUCGAUCGAUAUAUCAAAUUGUGGGAUACAGAAACUGGUCAAGUGAAAAACCGUUUUCAUACAGGUCAUAUUCCUUUUUGUGUGAAAUUCAAUCCAGAUGAUGAUAAACAAAAUAUGUUUCUUUCCGGAAUGCAGAAUAAGAAAAUAUUGCAGUGGGAUACUAGAACUGGAGAAAUUGUGCAGCAGGAAUAUGAUCGUCACUUGGGCGUCGUAAAUUCAAUCACAUUCUUUGAUAAAAAUCGCAGAUUUUGCUCAACAUCCGAUGAUAAAUCAAUCCGAAUAUGGGAAUGGGAGAUACCUGUAGAUACAAAAUUAAUUCAGAAUGCAGGAUUGCACUCAAUACCUACGAUGACGAAAUCACCUACUGAGAAAUGGGUAGUUGGGCAAUCAAUGGAUAAUCGAAUCGUAUUAUUUCAGUUAAUUGAUGAUAAAUUAAGAUUCGCAAAAAAAAAAGCUUUCAAAGGGCACAAUGUUGCUGGCUACGCGUGUUCAAUUGAUUUUGCGCCAGAUAUGAGGAUCAUGCCCGCUCGGAUUAACAGAAUUGACAUGUGGGUUACCGGAACAAGGUUAGUUGCUGUGGAACCAGGGCAAUCUGGCAUUGAAAGGGCUAUUGGAAUCUUACAUGGAGAAGACAAGAUAAUCCGGAACUGGUGA